CUGCUCUAGGCUGGGCUGGAACCAGAAAUCAUGGGGCAGCUGUACAUUCAAGAAGAGGAGCUUGGACCUACACACUGGCUCCUCCUACAGCACUGUGUGCUCGGGGAUUUGGAGGGUGCUCAGCAAUGGCUGCAGCAAUUCCAGAAUCUUCCACUGCCUUAGCCCUUGGGGCUUCAAGCAUCUGCUCCUUAGACACAAGGCUUGCCCUGUGUCUAUUGGCUACACAGGGCUAGUGAGGCUGAGGAAAGGGAUCAUUGGGCCUUUGCCCUCCAGGCACAGGAAACACUCUGGGACCAGUGCAAAGGUUUGUGCCCCCAGGGCCAGCCCCCUUCUCUGGGGUACUGGGCCUCCAUCCAUGACCUUAUCCCCUGACCCUUCCCUUUCAUUUAACAUUUUCCUUUCUUUUCACCCUUGUCCCAUCCUGAGCAGAGGCUCCAUCUGGCUUCUGGUUCUUCCUCUUCAGGGGA